AUGGUUGGUUCUCCAUUAGCGGCCCCCAGGUCCUACAACUCCGUGCUUGAUCUCAAAAGCUCCACCAAAGGCUGGCUCGUCCAGAAGUUCGGUGGUACCUCUGUGGGUAAGUUUCCCGAAAACAUCGUGGAUGAUAUAGUCAAGGUUUUCAGUGAGAAUUACAGGGUCGCCGUGGUGUGCUCUGCCAGAUCGUCCCACACAAAGAGCGAAGGAACUACCUCCAGGCUUAUCCGUGCUGCUGACUUUGCUCUUGAAGACAAAGACUACCAGUCGAUAUUGGACACCAUCCAGGAAGACCACGUCCAAAACGCCAAGGACAAGAUCCAGUCCCAAACCAUCCAGGCUCAAUUGAUUGCAGACACUGAAAAGGAAUUGUUCCGGGCCCAAGAACUCCUCAGGGCCAGUCAGGUCAUCGGCGAGAUCAGCCCAAGAACCUUGGACUCUGUCAUGUCCAUUGGUGAAAAGUUAUCGUGUCUCUUCAUGGCUGCAUUGAUGCAGGACCAUGGUUUGGACUCCGCGUACAUCGACUUGUCCGACUUGAUACCGUUGGAUUACGACUUCAGUCAGGGUUUCAACGAACUGUUCUACAAGUUCUUGAGUACAGAAUUGGGCAGAAGAGUGUCUGAAUUGAAGGAUGGGGUGAUCCCAGUGUUGACCGGAUACUUUGGUAUAGUCCCUGGUGGACUCUUAAACGGUGUUGGCAGAGGAUACACUGAUUUGUGUGCUGCUUUGGUGGCAGUCGGCACCCAGGCAGACGAACUUCAAGUGUGGAAGGAAGUGGAUGGUAUUUUCACUGCUGAUCCAAGAAAGGUACCUAACGCUAGAUUGUUGGACAGUGUCACCCCUGAAGAAGCUGCUGAGUUGACCUACUAUGGUUCGGAGGUUAUCCAUCCUUUCACGAUGGAACAAGUCAUCAAGGCCAAAAUUCCAAUCAGAAUCAAGAACGUGGAAAAUCCUAAAGGCAAGGGUACAAUCAUUUACCCAGAUAACGUUGGCAGAAGAGGCGAACAAACUCCACCACACCCUCCUGCUGCCUACGAAACUUUGUCACCCAGAUACAUUGCUACCCACAAGAAGAGAUCCGCAACUGCAAUUACUGCAAAGCAGGAUAUUGUGGUAGUUAAUGUACAUUCCAACAAAAAGACUUUGUCCCAUGGCUUUUUGGCCCAUAUAUUUACCACUUUAGACAACUACAAGUUAGUGGUAGAUUUGAUUUCUACUUCUGAAGUUCAUGUUUCCAUGGCGUUGUCUAUACAGUCGGAACAAGAGCAAUUAUUGAAGCAUGCUUUGAAGGAAUUGAACAAAAUCGGCACUGUCGAUAUUACCAGAGAUAUGACUAUUGUAUCUUUAGUUGGAAAGCAGAUGGUGAAUUUCAUUGGUAUUGCUGGAAAUAUGUUUAAGGUGUUGGCCGAUGAAAGAAUAAAUAUAGAAAUGAUUUCUCAAGGUGCUAAUGAAAUCAACAUUUCAGCAGUCAUAAAUGCAAAGGAUACCAUCAGGGCAUUGCAAUCAAUUCAUGCAAAGCUUUUGGAAGGAAAUUACGCUUUUGAAGAACAUGACAGCGCUGUUGAUUUGAGAUUAGAAUCAAUCAAGCUUGGUGCAAACUAG